UCUAUCCCAUCGCGGCAGACAAUGUUGACCCCAGCGACGGCGACAUUAUCUCCGACAUCGACGUUCUGGGCCAAGAUCCUGAACAGGUGCUGCCCACGGGCCACUACGUUGUUUUAAACCGAGAGAGUGAGCUACCUCUCCGUAUCUCAGGGGUGAAUGGGUAGCUUUGAACUGAGGAGAAUAUCCAAAGCGCUCAGGCACGUUGUUGUGUCUCUGACAACCACUACCUACCAUCAAAGAACGGUUUCCCACAGCGGAUCAUCCUCGCACGGCAAAGGAUCUUCUUUCAAGGAUCGCGUGCUGGAACGUGACGGCCGCUGUGUCAUCACUGGCGUUUUGGUGUCUGGUUUUGACGGAUCUGUGUUCCAUGCCGCUCAUAUCUUUCCUAUCGCCCACCUUGAUCUCUGGCGUAAAAAUGGCUUCGAAAGUCUCGUCACCGACACAGGACUACGCAUGGGGGACGCAAAGAUUGACUCUGUUCAAAACGGGAUGCUUCUUGAUCCCUUCGCACAUACUCUCUUCGAUGGCCAUUACAUCUCCAUCAACCCCGACAACGAUUACAUGGUGACCGACUUCAGUAAAGCGGGCCAUUUUAAUGGCCGCCACAUGUACCAUGCGCGAGAGGUCGGUCACAGCGAGCGUCCACUCGACGAGCUCCUCAGGUACCACUUUUACCAAGCUGUGCUACGAAACGUAAGGGGCAGCGCCGGUGCAGACGAGCUCGAGAGCCCCGACAGUGACUCGGGCGAGGAAGUGGAUUGGUACGAUGUACACUCAGUGCGUUUGGACAACCCAAAGUUCCACAAGACUGCCAAUGGCAAAGCCAGGCUCGAGACAGAGCUCGCCUCAAAGCUCAACAUCCUCGCGUUUCGCCAAGGCACCAUUUGAUAGACGACAGCGACCUUCCAUUUUGUAUUCUUAACAGUAGCGUUCCACAUUCGACACGGCUCGUAAUCCCAAAGCAGCGACCUUCAUCACUCUAUCUCAAUAUCAUAGCCACUAGAUGGACAGAGGAGGGAUAUGGCACGACAUAUCAGAUUACUUUUACAUCAC